UCACUAAUCGCUAGACAAAAUACACUGUUAAUCGACUAUUUACUCACAAUAGAGCAACAUGCUUGUCGUCUUAGAGAUUCCCCCAUAGAAAUUGGAGAUUUUCAAUACAAUUCUUCGUUAAAUUCUCUUGCUACAUUACUUACGCGUAAAGAAAAUUUAAUUGCAAUGAAACCCGAAUAUGUGAUUGGAAAGCAAAAUUUUCUAGCACCUGUUUUCAAUCCAAACAAGGGUGUCUUUUCUAGUCGACAAAAGCCUUUAAUUUAUUUUUUGCUUAUGAUAGUUGAUACUGUAAGAACUAUGCCUUUUUUUGAUAAAUUGGAUUUGGCCGACAAGAUUUGUUUAAUCAAAACAAUCACUCUGCCGCUUAAAACAUUUCAUGCUGCCUAUUAUUCAAGUUUAAAAAAAUCUGAAACUGUUGUUAUGCCGAAUGAAUUGCCAGUUCGGAAUAUUUUCAAAGCAAAUAAAAUUUACAAAGAAGACGUGACGUAA